AGCAGAGUGCGCACCGUAUUCACCUUUCUGUUAUACCCACCGCUGAGUCUUCCUUUCAGCAUCUCUUUUUCCCCUCUAUUCCUUCUCAAAAGAUUUGUUUUUCUCUUUCGAGUGCGUAUUGGCUUCUUAUUGAUAACCUUUUCUGUGAAGGGGUGUGGCUCUCCUGCGUUCUUCUCGUCCUCCUUGAGCCUUCGUUGUGGUACCGACGCGGGAAACGUGUGGUGUCAUCGCAAAUCCUCUCCUCGUGGCUUUUCUUGUUGUUGUUGUUGUUGGGAGCCGUUACCUUUCCUCCAACUAAUCUCUCUCCAUUUUAUCAAAGCAAAACGCAAACGGUAUAUAUAAGCUUUAAAAAGGAAGUAAAAAGCACGAUGGACCAUUUUUCGGAUCAGCUAGUGACGCGUCUUACGCAGUUGACGCUGACGGAUACGCAGAUUCAGUCGUACGGCCGCUGGAUGGUGGCAGCGGCGACGGUGUACUACGUGGCGCAGAGCUGGCAGAGGGAUAUCCCAGCAGAUGUGCAGUACGCCAUUACGGGCCACAUGGUGCAGGGCUACGAUCGCAGCAUCAUCAGCACGCGUCUCGAGCAGCGCCACACACGCAACAUGAUCCAGAAAGCGAUCGGCUUGAAUGAGCUCCGCCAGCAGCUGCGGACGGAGACGGACAAGGAAGCGAAGCUGCGUGGGUGGAAGCACGUGUUCCACCUGACGCUCAUCAGCAUCGUCGCCACCACCUACACUCACAGUCUCACCAUCUCGCUCCUCUGCGUCAAGAACAUGGUUCGUGUGCUGGUCUUCUUGCUGAGCCGUCGCGAGGCGGCGGGGCAGUUGGGCAGCCGUCAAGGCCCUUUUUCGACCAUCAAGGCGUGGUGGACCGGCGGCCGUCGUGCCGGCUUCACGGGCAUCAUGAUGGAGUCGAUGCUCGCCAAGAUGGCCGCGCAGGCCGACCAGCAGGCGUCGCCCUUCUCCAACGCGGGCUUGGAGGAGGAGGAUGGACUGCACGGUCUGCCCACGCCGCCGCCGCUGGACGGGCGGGCGGCCUUUGUGCAGUCGCAGCAGCAGCAAGAGAUGGUCGAGGCGAUGCAUGGCGAGAGUCUCCGCCAGAUCGAAAACGCCUUCUCGGUGCGGGCGGUGCUAGAGCGGGCCAUCCCACGCAUCGUGGCGUGCGCCGCCGCCGUCGUGGACAGCGCUAUUGCGGCGCGCCCCGAGCACCUCUUCAGUGCCAGCGGCAUCGUGCGUGCGUCUGACCUGCGGAGUCUGUUGGAGGACAUUGCCCUGCGCAUGGAGCGCUGCGCCUGUGUGGCGGCCUGGGUGCGACGCUCGGGGUUCUCCCCGUUCUCCACGAUGCGUCCGCACAGCAGCCGCUCGUCCCCGCCACCACCGGCGAAGAACGCAGACCCAACUUCCAGGCGGCGCUCCCCUAUGCAGGACGAGGAUGAGUUGAUGGAAGACCGCGACCACGGCUCGGCCUCGUCGUCGGAGGACAUCGUGGAGUUCCCCCACGGCUCUACCACAAUUUUGGGCCCGAAUGGGCGGCCGGUGCGACGCCACUCUUCCGACCGCAACGAGGACCACGUGGUGGACGAGAUCCUCGGCCGCCAUCUUACGGCGGAGGAGGAGGCAAUUCAGGAGGAGGCGCUGCGCAGGGACCACCUGCUGAAGGGGCAGAUGGCCGGCUUCUUCACGGAGCUGUACCAGAGUGCGAGCUUUGGUGAGGUGUGCAUCACCUACGCGGCGGAGCUGUUGUCGAACCAGUUUAAGGAGGCCGGUGAGAUUACGCACGUCAAGACGUACGACGCGUCGACGGACACGGCGAGGAUGGCCAUGGUGAUCGCCGCGCUGGACAGCUGCCGGCUUAGCGCGUUGGAGGAGGAGUGUGAGGUGAAGUCGUACAUGCGCCUCUUCUGCGACGAGACCAUCAGGUCCACUUGUGCGCAGUAA